CCUACGGGCCGCGGCUCGGCGCUGGCUGCAGCGCGGGCUCCCUCAGGCGGCCGCCCGGAGACUCCCUCUGCCUCCCGCCUGCGGCACCUGGGCCCGGGGAGGAGGAACCUGCAACCGCCUCCGCCGCUGAGACGCAACCCGCGCCCAGGCUUAUUGUGACAUUGUAAUGUUGGGAAGGUCUGCACUGCUUACAGCUGUACAUGGAAGAAGAUUUCCAACUCGAGACCUAUGUGCUGCUACUCAUUUUCCAAUGAAGUACAUCCUGGUAACCGGUGGUGUCAUCUCAGGCAUUGGCAAAGGAAUCAUUGCAAGCAGCAUUGGCACCAUACUGAAAUCAUGUGGUCUACGAGUCACUGCAAUCAAAAUUGAUCCUUAUAUUAAUAUAGAUGCUGGAACUUUCUCACCGUAUGAGCAUGGUGAAGUUUUUGUACUAAACGAUGGGGGAGAAGUUGACUUAGACUUGGGAAAUUAUGAAAGAUUCUUGGACAUCAACUUAUAUAAAGAUAAUAACAUCACCACUGGAAAGAUCUAUCAACAUGUAAUCAAUAAAGAAAGACAUGGAGAUUACUUGGGAAAGACAGUUCAAGUUGUUCCACACAUUACUGAUGUUGUACAAGAAUGGGUGAUGAAUCAGGCAAAGGUUCCUGUGGACAGUGACAAGAAAGAGCCACAAAUAUGUGUCAUUGAGCUAGGUGGAACUAUUGGAGACAUUGAAGGAAUGCCAUUUGUUGAGGCAUUCAGACAGUUCCAGUUUAAGGCAAAAAGAGAAAACUUCUGCAAUAUCCACGUUAGCCUUGUACCACAGCCUAAUGCUACUGGAGAACAGAAAACAAAACCUACACAGAACAGUGUUCGAGCGCUGAGAGGCCUAGGUUUGUCUCCAGAUCUGAUAGUCUGCAGAAGUACAAAGCCUAUAGAAAUGGCUGUGAAGGAAAAGAUUUCCAUGUUUUGCCAUGUGGAACCUGAACAGGUGAUAUUUAUCCAUGAUGUUUCUUCCACUUACCGAGUGCCAAUCCUGUUGGAAGAACAAGGCAUUAUUACAUAUUUUAAACAGAGAUUAAACCUACCUAUUGAUGACCAACCAAGUGAUCUUCUUUUCAAAUGGAAGAAAAUGGCAGACAGAUAUGAAAGGUUGCAGAAGAUGUGCUCCAUAGCUCUGGUUGGCAAGUAUACGAAACUAAGUGACUGCUACGCAUCUGUUUUCAAGGCCUUGGAACAUUCAGCUUUGGCAAUUAAUCACAAACUGAAUUUAAUGUAUAUAGAUUCAAUAGAGCUUGAGCAUUCUACAGAAGUUGAGAACCCAGUGAAAUACCACCAGGCGUGGCAAAAAUUAUGCAAAGCAGAUGGCAUUUUGGUCCCAGGCGGGUUUGGAUUUAGGGGAACAGAAGGCAAACUCCAAGCAAUAUCUUGGGCAAGAAAAAAGAAAAAACCUUUUCUUGGAGUUUGCUUGGGGAUGCAGCUGGCAGUGGUGGAGUUUGCAAGAAACUGUUUAAACUGGAAAGAUGCAAAUUCUACAGAAUUUGACCCAAACACAAAAUACCCUGUUGUCAUUGACAUGCCUGAACACAAUCCUGGAGAUAUGGGAGGAACAAUGAGACUGGGAAAAAGGAGGACUGUUUUCAAAACAGAAGACUCUGUCCUAAGGAAACUUUAUGGUAAUGAAGAUUUUGUGGAGGAACGACACAGGCAUCGGUAUGAGGUAAAUCCAGAAUUGACUGGCUGCUUUGAAGAGAAAGGUUUGAAAUUUGUUGGCCGUGACACAGAAGGGAGUAGAAUGGAGAUCAUUGAACUGGAAAAUCACCCAUAUUUUGUUGGUGUCCAGUUUCAUCCAGAGUUUUCCUCGAGACCUAUGAAGCCCUCACCUCCAUACCUUGGUCUCUUGCUUGCAGCAACUGGGACACUCAGUGCAUACUUGCAACGUGGAUGUAAAUUGUCUCCAAGUUUUUAUUCCAUGCUUCCUUGGGCACAUUCAGAAAGAAUGAUAGCUACAGUGACCUCAGUGAUGACAGUUCUCCAGAAAAAGAACCUCCUGAUUCAGAAACAAGUUGAACCCCCUGCAUGAGAGCAGAGAAUUGGAGAAUGCUACUGAGAAAGACAAAACAAAAUCGAAUGGAAGGAAAUUCACACUAAUUGGUUGCACCAUUUUUGUACAGUCUUAUUUUCCAUAUAUGAUAUAAAUAGCAUAUGAUAUAGACUGUAAAGCUAUUACAGAGACUUAACUUCCUCACAGAAGCAUUUGCCUCCCUGCUAUGGAUGUGAGUUGUUUCCAGUUGUCAUUUUCCAGAUGAUAUUUUCAUU